AGCCUCCUGGAUGCCCAGAGGGUACCUUGUGUCCUAGCUGCCCCUAACCCCACGACAACAACAACAACAUUGGGUGGUGAUGGGAUAUUGUGGUGCCUGUUGCCUUUUUCAAAUAUUAUACUGAAUUUCGACAACAAUUUACUUAAGUUUUAUAUGAAAACAAAGUUGUUAGCUGUCUGCUUUUCCAAGGGCCUUCCUCAAGAUGCCUGUUUGUGCUGCAUAUGGAUGUCAUAAUCGACCAGAUAGAGAUAGGGAUAAAUCAUAUCACAAGUUUCCAUGGAACAACCGAAGUCUUUUCAAGAGAUGGCUAAUAAAUCUUAGAAGAGAAAAAUAUACUCCUUCAAAACAAAGUGUUGUUUGCUCGGACCAUUUUGAAGACUCUCAAUUGGAUCGUACAGGUCAAAUCACUCGGCUUAGGAUGAAUGCAGCUCCUACAAUUUUCAAGGCAUUUCCAAGCCAUUUAAUAAAGGAUACAGGCAUCACAAAGGUACUCUGCAAGAAGUGCCAGACCAACUGGGUUGUAAUGACUAUGUGGGCCUGCGGGCCACUUCAAGCAACAGUCUGUUGGACCAAGCUUUCACCAAGUUUGCAGAGUAGAACAACUCCCAGAACCUCAUCCAGUGAUUGCUAUAACCACUAAUAACCUCACUGGUUGUGAGCCGAGGAUGUAUACCACUGUGCUACGGGAUCCUACAUAUAGGUAUGUGCAAUAUAAUUAUAAAAGACUUAAGUACAGUAUAGAUUAGUUAUACUAAUAAAAAUAUAAAUUUAGAAAAUUACCAAAUGUAUGACUAUUUAACAAGAGCAUUAAUAAAUACCAUGAUCUCCAACAAGAGCAACGACUGUGUCCGGAAACAGUGUGUUAGUGGCUGAUAGAAGAUCACCAAUCAAAGCAUCGGUGUAAGUUGUGGCAGCAUAAUAUCCCUGUCUAAUGUAUCUGAAAUUUUAAUUAAAUCAAACCCAUUAAAAAAUUAUGAAAUUUCCUUAAGAAUACACACUAAACUACUGAAAGGUUUAGACAUCCUCACAAACAAAAGUUAAUUUAAUUCCCUAGACAAUGUUUUUUCUUAAUAUAACUUACAGUAAUGAGUCGGCUACAACUGUCAUACGAUCAUCAUACCUUAAGAUAAUUCCCAUUGUCAGGAACAGGAAGCUUAUAUGUGGGCUUAAUGAAGUCCCCUCUAGGCAAAAUACCGUACUGACCUUACCUAUGAUGCAACCCACAACAAUUGCCUAACUCUUGGGUACCUAUAUUACUACUAUGUGAACAAAGACAUCAGGUGAAAGAAACAAGAUCAAACCACUUCUGCUCUGCCAAGGACUGAACCCAGGUCCCUCAGUUGCAAGUCAAAGCUGCAGACCACUCUGCUAAAGUACCUGUGUCUUGCGAAUGUAAGUCAAGAAUAUUUAGACAAGAUAAACUGACACUGGCACAUGCCGAGUAAUAUGCUUGAAUCAAUUAGCUUGAAUCAUUACUUCAACGAUUGACGAAUGGCUUUGAAAACUAAGCAGUACAAGAGUUGUUUGAGUUGUGAAGCAAUCACAUUAUUGCUAAUGUGGUAGCUACUCCACAUUCUAAGAAAUUAAUGGUAAACACUAUAUCACAACAAACAUGAUUUGUAUUUGCACACAAAGUAAACAAAAACUUGCAUGGUUAGGGUAGAUUUGCAAAGUCAGUUUUGACUGCCAGCUUCCAGGGCUUAUCUGCUGAGCACAAGUCUCUCGAAAUCAUUUGGUAAUCUGGCCGAAACUCUCAGUAAUCCUGAUUUCUCUCAGACUUUGGCAGACAAAACAUGGACUCGAUUUUGUUAAGAUCACCCAAAGGUAACAGGAUCUGGAUUAGCAAGCUCUUACAGUAGUACCAAAUUGACCCUCCCUCCCACCCCCCAACUCUGACAGAAUGGAACCCAAGAACAGAGCCCAUAGGAAGUUGAAUCCUCCGCAGAACCUGCUGUACUCACCUAGUUAUACUCACUUAGUUGUGCUUGCAGGGGUUGAGCUUCCACUCUUUGGUCCUGCCUCUCAAUUAUCAGUCAACUAGUGUACAGGUUCUAAAGUCUAUUGGGUUCUAUAAUAUCUACAUUUGAAAUUGUGUAUAGAGUCUACCUCCACAUCACUUCAUAAUUCAUUCCAUUUGUUAACUACUCUGACAUUGAAAAAAUUCUUCCUAAGAUCUCUGUGGCCCAUUUGGGUACCAAGUUUCCACCUGUGUUAAAUAUCUUAUCUUUAUCCUGUCAAUUCUGCUGAGAAUUUUGUAGAUAGUAAUCAUGUCUCCCCUAGCUCUUCUGUCUUCCAGUGUAGUGACAUUUAAUUCAAGUAGUCUUUUCCCAUAGAAAAGAGAAUUAGAGAGAAUUUUCUCUUUUCUUAUAGCUCAUACCUUUCUACUCAGGAACUAGUCUAGUGGCAUACCUCUGAACUUUUCUAACAUAGGUUUGUGUUUGACAAGAUAUGGACUUCCUGCUGGGGCCACAUAUUCCAGGAAUGGGCUGUACACAAAAAGGAAUGGCCUUGACCACCAAAUCCUGGGUGGGACACGAAGUCCCAUCCCACAGCUGCGGCAGCCAUGGACACAUCAAGCGACGGAAAAGGAAGGCGCCAUGGAAAUGAACCACCCUAAAAACCUGAAGAGGAAACCAGUGACGCAAGAGCCCAGGAAAGGUGGGGUGGGGCUUGAACUCUAUGGUCCUGGCAGUGGUGAAAUAGGCAGAACUGGAGGAACCAGUAUAGUGCUCAGGGAUAAUACCAUGCAGGCCAAGUUCAGGCUCCUCACAAUUGCUUGACCAACUAAUCAGUCAACCUAGGACAAUUCAGCACCAGAUGGUGAUGAUGAUGCAAGCAGAGCAGAGCUGGAGGAGGCAGGGACAGACAUCGACAGGGGUAGUGAAAUGCCUCUUUUUCUGCAGGAGCCCAUGUGGCUCUCUGACUUCCCCUCCUUCCCUCCUGGUUCAUCAGUUUGCAAUGGGUUGCUCAUCAGCUUCAUAUUGGGGGGAGCCAAAUGAGGGCUUUGACUAGGCUGCCUCAUGGCAGUAAUUGGUACUGACAAGUUUUGAGCUAGUUUGAGUGAACCCCCCUUGUUUUGUGCGAAUUGUUUGGCAGUUUUGAGUCUUCGUUUUCUGUGACCCCUCCAGUUGUCCGUUAAGCUUUGCUGACUUUCUGGAGGCUUUUUCUGGUAGGGUGGGAGAUUGUCACCC